GGGGCCCAAAAACGGCACAGUGGAAAGAACCGCCACGGUCCUCUCAAAAAGCUUAGAAGUCAGAAGUAGCCACAAAGAAACCAGAAUAGCAGGGAAAAUCCAUCCAGACACACUUCUAAAACCUCUACUCGGAGAGACCUUCGUUGGGUUCGGAGCAGUGGAAUAUUUUUGUGUUUAUCUUCCUCAAAACCAAAACCAGUUUUUUUUUCCUUCUUUUUUUGUCCUCUCUCUUAAUCAAUCCCAAUGGCUUUGACCACUGCUCUGACGUCCAACCUUACCAUUUCCCACCGACAAACUGGACCCAGAACUCCUCUCUCUUUCUCUUACUGUUUUGUGUUGUGCCCAGGUGAAGUACACUCAUAUGCAGGUGGCCCCUCAUUUCUACCUUGCCCUAGUAAUAGGACUGGGAGGAUGUCGAGGUCUCUACGCGUGAAUGGCUUAUUUGGUGGAGGGAAGAAAGAAAACGAUGAAAAGAGUGAUGAUGCACCAUCAAAGGCAGGAAUAUUUGGUAAUAUGCAAAAUCUAUAUGAAACUGUUAAGAAGGCCCAAAUGGUGGUACAAGUUGAAGCAGUGCGAGUGCAGAAAGAGUUAGCUGCAGCAGAGUUUGAUGGUUACUGCGAAGAUGAGCUGAUAAAGGUAACACUUUCUGGUAACCAGCAGCCUGUUCGAACUGAGAUAACUGAGGCUGCAAUGGAACUAGGAGCUGAGAAACUCUCUCUUUUGGUUACGGAAGCAUACAAGGAUGCACACCAGAAGAGCGUCCAGGCCAUGAAAGAGAGAAUGAACAACCUUGCCUCUAGUCUAGGAAUGCCACAAGGCCCGCAAUGAAGGAAUUUUCAAGUGAUGUUUGUGCUGCAUGGGUUUCGAUUUUGCAAAUUAGCUUGGCAUAUUCGUUUUUGUGAAAAACUGCUGUCUUUUUCAUAGAGAAACUUCUUCAUAGUUCUUUUAAUCUUAAUAUCGAAUUACAUAUAAAUAUAAUA